AUGGUUGUUACACCGCCUGUGUGUCGGGAGAUAGAUAGUUAUAAACCAUCUCGAGCCACCAGUGUCAAUUGUCCACCCCACGCCCAACAGAGCAGGAGACCCCAAUCGGGAGAGUUCGCCCAGCGAUAUCUGGAAGGGCUCCUGGACACGGGAGCCUCAAUCUCCGGACGGCUUGGCCCGCUCGGGAACCUCACCACCCGCACACGACGCCAACCCCCCCUCAACCGCUUCAUUCGCCUCCGAGAGUAUUUUGACGUAAGAUGGCGGGAAUCUACCUAG